UUAGUCCCUCACAUGCAUGCAAGCUAUCUAUACCUUUAAGCUUCAUUCUAUCUAUCCCUUAUCCAAAAAAAAAAAUCACCCGAAAUUAGAUCAACCAUGAAAAUUAAAUUGGCUACGGCCUUAAUACUUUGCUCUGCAAUUUUCAUGAGCAUGAGCAAUGCCACUGAUCCAUGUGCAUCUCAACCAGAUGACUCCGAUCUCAACGUAAUUCCCAUGUAUGGAAAAUGCUCACCAUUCAACCCACAAAAAACAGACUCAUGGGACAAUAGAGUCCUAAACAUGGCCUCCAAAGAUCCAGCCAGAAUGAGCUAUCUAUCCUCUUUAGUAGCCCAAAAGACCGUCUCUUCGGCCCCAAUUGCUUCGGGCCAGGCCUUCAACAUUGGCAACUACAUAGUCCGUGUUAAAAUCGGAACACCCGGUCAACUCCUCUUCAUGGUCCUUGACACAAGCACCGACGAGGCUUUUAUCCCUAGCUCUGGCUGCAUUGGUUGCUCCGCAACAACUUUCUCACCCAAUGCCUCCACCAGUUAUGUGCCAUUGGAGUGUUCCGUUCCACAAUGCAGUCAGGUCCGUGGGCUCUCAUGUCCAGCCACGGGCUCUGGCGCAUGUUCCUUCAACAAAUCUUACGCAGGUUCGACUUACUCUGCCACACUUGUUCAAGAUUCACUUAGAUUAGCUACGGAUGUUAUCCCUAGCUACUCUUUUGGAUCCAUCAAUGCUAUCUCUGGUUCUUCAAUUCCAGCCCAAGGACUUUUGGGCUUGGGCCGUGGCCCGUUAUCUUUAUUAUCACAAACCGGGUCACUUUACUCGGGUGUAUUCUCCUACUGCCUUCCAAGUUUCAAAUCUUACUAUUUUUCCGGGUCACUUAAACUUGGACCCGUGGGUCAACCCAAAAGCAUUCGAACCACACCACUUCUUCGCAAUCCUCGCCGUCCAUCUCUUUAUUUUGUCAAUUUAACCGGAAUUACCGUGGGAAAAGUAAAUGUACCUUUCCCCAAAGAACUUUUAGCGUUCGACGUGAAUACCGGAUCCGGAACCAUAAUUGAUUCGGGUACAGUUAUUACCCGUUUUGUGGAACCCGUUUACAACGCGGUUAGGGAUGAGUUUAGAAAACAAGUAACCGGACCUUUUUCGAGCUUAGGAGCAUUUGACACAUGUUUUGUGAAGAACUAUGAAACUUUGGCACCAGCUAUUACAUUGCAUUUCACAGAUUUGGAUCUAAAAUUACCAUUGGAGAAUAGUUUGAUCCAUAGCAGUUCAGGAUCAUUGGCUUGUCUUGCAAUGGCGUCUACACCAAAGAAUGUGAACUACACUGUGUUGAAUGUGAUUGCUAAUUAUCAACAACAGAAUUUGAGGGUUUUGUUUGAUACCGUGAAUAAUAAGGUUGGUAUUGCCCGUGAGCUUUGUAACUAGCUAGCUAAGUUAUGCUUUUGUUUUAGUUUGGAUGUUUUGUUGUAGUGGCCUAGGUGAAAAGGGUACCAUGUGGCUAAAGAAGUAAUUAUUCCAUGUGAAAUGUCUUCUUUAUUAGUGUGAUUGUGAUCGUUAAUUAGCACAAAGGCGUAACGAUCAUUUUGAUUAUCCAAUUGGAUUGCUGAAAUAACUUUUGCUGUAUUUUUUUUUUCCUAAGAAAUUGCCUUAUGUAUGAUGAAUUACGAUUGUCCCAUUCAAUGAAAUUUUCCUUUUGUUUAUUUAUGAA